GUUUCUGGGGUGUGAUUGGAGGGAAACCCCGUGUACUACAUUCAGACAGGUUGUGAGAGAAUCAGCUGUGUAACGUAGCUAGCUAGCCAGACCGACAACACCACUAUCCCUUUGCACUCAGUCCUGAGUAGCCAUGGUUGACAAGAGCGAGGUGGUUCAGAAGGAGCUGGUCCAGAAGGCCAAGCUGGCGGAGCAGGCCGAGCGCUACGAUGACAUGGCGGCCUCCAUGAAGGCUGUAACGGAGGAAGGCACCCAGUUAUCCAACGAGGAGCGGAACCUCCUCUCUGUGGCCUAUAAGAACGUGGUGGGCGCCCGGCGCUCCUCCUGGAGGGUCGUGUCCAGCAUCGAGCAGAAGACUGAGGGCAGCGAGAAGAAGCAGGCCAUGGCCAAGGAGUACAGGGAGAAGAUAGAGAAGGAGCUGAAGGAGAUCUGUAAUGAUGUGCUGGGUCUUCUGAACCAGUUCCUCAUCCCCAAUGCUACUCCGGCCGAGAGCAAAGUGUUCUAUUUGAAAAUGAAGGGAGAUUACUACCGCUACUUAGCCGAGGUGGCGGUUGGAGAGGAGAAAGCCGCCAUCAUCGGUAACUCCCAGGAGGCCUAUAAGGAUGCGUUUGAGAUCAGCAAGAAGGACAUGCAGCCCACCCACCCUAUUCGUCUGGGUCUGGCUCUCAACUUCUCUGUCUUCUAUUACGAGAUCCUCAACUCCCCCGAGCAGGCCUGCAAACUGGCCAAGACGGUACGUGGUUAUCAGCCCAUCCAAGAUGGCCGCUUGAUGACGGGUUGACAGUCCUGAUAGGGC